AGCUACGAUGUCAAUGUUUCUACAUCAAAGAAGCUUGCACAAUGCCUUUUCGAACCCAUUUGCCGCUCCACCACCUUCCUCCGCCAAUUCCAAGAGACCCAUCUCCAUCCUCAACCCAGCGACACUCUUGGUCCUCCUUUGCCUCGUCAUGGUGGUGGGUGUCUUCAGCCCCUGGGUCACUAUCCCCCAUGGAAUCUUCUCAGUUUCCAAGCCUGCUGUUUCAAAGUGGAACUCAUACACAUUGGACCAAGCUCUCUCCUUUGUGGCAAAAAAUGGAACUGUCAUAGUUUGCAUUGUGAGUCAGCCUUACUUGCCGUUUCUCAACAACUGGUUGAUCAGUAUCAGAAGGCAGAACCGCCAGGAUAUGGUUCUUGUCAUUGCUGAGGACUAUGCUUCACUCUAUAAGAUUAAUGAGCGUUGGCCUGGCCAUGCUGUUCUUAUUCCACCUGUGCUUGAUGCUGAAUCUGCUCAUAAGUUUGGAUCUAAGGGUUUCUUCAACUUCACGGCCAGAAGGCCUAGCCAUCUUCUGAAGAUUUUGGAGCUCGGAUAUAGUGUAAUGUACAAUGAUGUUGACAUGGUCUGGUUGGGGGAUCCAUUGCUUCAGUUAGAAGGGAAUCAUGAUGUGUACUUUACAGAUGAUAUGAUUCCGAUCAAGUCAUUAAACCAUUCUCAUGCUUUACCGCCACCAGGAAAAAAGGGCCGCCCUUACAUAUGCAGUUGCAUGAUUUUCCUUCGCCCUACAGGCGGAGCAAAGCUAGUCUUGAGAAAGUGGAUCCAGGAACUUCAGAAUCAACCAUGGUCUAGAACCCAGAAAUCAAAUGAUCAACCUGCUUUUAACUGGGCUUUGAUGAAGACAGCUAAAGAGGUGGAUUUAUACUUGUUGCCGCAGGCAGCUUUUCCUACAGGUGGGCUAUAUUUCAAGAACAAGACAUGGGUUAAGGAAACUAAAGGAAAGCAUGUGAUCAUUCACAAUAACUAUAUAGUAGGUUUUGAGAAGAAGAUAAAGCGAUUUCGCGACUAUGGCCUCUGGUUGGUGGAUGAUCAUGCUGAUGAAUCCCCGCUUGGUAGAAUAUGACCCUUAGAUGUCUCGAGUUUAUCGUCGGAUUUUGUUAGACCAUUGCUUUUCGGAAAUUAGAAUAUGGUUUCUGCCAAUGCAUUCAGCCACCUAUCUGGUGGAGGGUUGAUGGAGACAUCCGAACUCUUGCUAUCAACAUGUGCUGCACUCAUACCAGCCGACAAACGAUUCCUUGGCAGACAAAGUUUGUGUUUCAUUUUUGUGCGGAAAAAGGUGCUUCAAAGAUGCUGGAUUGUAUUACAAGACUUACAAGUCCAUAGAAGAGAAGGAUAGAAUUUAUUUGGUUCUUGUAGUUGGACUACAAACGCUACUUAAAAUCAUAUUUACAAGAGAAAUUAUAGGAAAUGAAUUUUUAAUUAACCAA